AUGAGGCGAUCAUUAUUUCUUAGUAUCUUACAUGAUAUUCAACAAGUCAAUGAGUACUGCAUCCAAACCCAUGAUGCCACUAGUGCUCUUGGAUUAUCCGGUGUACAGAAGAUGACUGUUGUACUUCAGAUCCUGCAAUACGGCGUACCUGCUAAUGCUGUAGACGAGUACAUUAGAAUCGGUGAAACUAUUGCAAUUGCCGCCUUGAAUUUCUUUACCAAAACGAUUGUUGCUAUCUAUGAAGGAAUUUACUUAAGAUCCCCAAAUGAGUCAAAUGUCUUCAGAUUAUUGCAAGUAGAAGAGCAACGUGUGUUUCCUGGAAUGUUAGGGAGUUUGGAUUGUAUGCACUGGCAUUAG